GAAUUACACGGUAUCGCAGUAUUCCACGUUCAUUUACUGGGCUAAAAAUAGAAAAUACAGUUCAAUAAUAUUGUUUUAAAAUUUUAGAUGAAUGAAACCGCUUCAUUAAUCGAAGGUUAAACUUAUUAAACUAUUAUGCUUGUAAUAUUUAUAUCCAAUAUAUCCACUCGUUUUAAACAACUCGUACGAGUAGGUAUUCUUUAUCUGCCUAGAUAAGAACUUUUAUACCUACAUUAUUUAUUUACUACUAAAUCUGUGUUGGUGUUAUAGAUGUAGUGAACUAAUAUGAACUAGUGGAGGUAUUAUGUACUUAUAAUUCAACAAUGUGGAUUAAAAUUGUUUAAGAAAAAUGGUUAAUAUGGAUGAUCAAAAGCAACGACCAAAGGUAUUAAUAACAAAUACCGGCGUGUGUGAAGAAGCCAUAGACUUAUUAAGGAAAUACUGUGAUGUCGUUGUAAAUGAAACUCCAACUAGAGAUGCCAUUUUAUCGAAAGUUAAGGGAGUAGAUGCUAUUUUUGUUAAGAAACCUGUAAUAAUAGAUAAAGAAGUAUUAGAUGCAGCAGGGUCACAGUUAAAAGUAGUAAGUCUUGUGUCUCGUGGAAUUGAUUCAUGUGAUACCGAUGAAUUAAAGAGAAGAAACAUUAAAUUGACCCAUUUACACGAUGAAAAUGCUACCGCAGUCGCUAAUUCUGCUAUAAUGUUGCUUUUGGCUGCUUCAAGAAGAUACCAUGAAUGUCGAUUAGCCAUAGAACAAAAUGCAUGGGAACGAGAAAAUCGGCAGUGGAUGAUGGGGUAUGGUUUACAAAAAGCAACUGUGGGAAUUAUUGGAUUGGGCAAUAUUGGUCAAGCAAUACUAAAGAGGCUAAUACAUUUUGAUGUUAAAAGAUUUUUAUACACGGGUCCUAAAGAAAAGAAAGAAGGAAAAGAACUUUGUGCCGAAUUCGUUUCAUUGAAUACCCUAUUGGAAGAGAGCGAUUUUGUAAUCAUGGGAUGUCCAUUGAAUAAUGAAACAAAUGGAAUGUGUAAUGCUGAGUUCUUUUCUAAAAUGAAGAAGAAAGCCGUUUUUGUAAAUGUUUCCAGAUCAGGGUUGGUUGAUCAGCCAGCGUUAAUACAGGCACUUAAAAGUGGUGACAUAUUUGCUGCAGGAUUAGAUGUAAUGACACCGGAACCGUUACCAGUCGACCACGAACUUUUGAAGUUGCCAAAUAUUGUUUUAACUCCACACGUAGCAUUCAAAACAAGAGACACAAUGAAACACAUGGGAAAUUCUACGGCUCUCCGACUAUUGAGAGCAUUAAAUGUGCAAAUGUAAUAUGUAUUUUAAUAUUGUAAUAUGUAUAUGUGAUGUAAAUAAACAGUAUUUUCGUGCUCA